AUGGCAAGCUGGCAAAUCCUUUUCGAUGGCUCUGUUUUCCUCUGUGCUGUCUUUUACUCGGCCCGCUUGUUGUUCGACGAGGAGGGUCUCGCUAACUGUGAUGGUGAAGACAUCGCCAAUCUGUUGGCCAUUGUUCACCCACUCAUGAUUCGCUACAUCCGUUCCCUCGACGAUGGCUCUCAGGAAACUCCUGGCGACCUUUGCGUACGUAAAUUGCUUUACAAUGCGUGGGCUGUCUUGAGUACCGAUCACGCCAAUCCGGCAUGGGAUGAGUGGAUGCUCGAGGCACCUAUUGAAGACGAAUAUUAUUCUGAGGUUCUUCCUGCGAUUUGUGAUGCGCCCGUUAGGGCAAAUCCUUUCAUGGCACUGUCUAUGCCUAUUAAACGUCGUGUGGGUCUUCUUGACUCACCCGAUUUAAUUCGGUUUUCGCCCACGCCGCCCCACAGCUUUCCUGCUGCCGGACCUUCUCGUGCUCCAGGGGUGGGUUCCGUUGAUGUGCCUAUCCCUCUUUUCCUGUCUCCUACGCCACCUCCUGGCAUUUUGCCGACAUCGACACCACCUCUGGUACCAUCAGCCAACACGCCAGUCAUCCUCAAGGUUCCUUGUCUCAACAUUCCCAAGGUCGAGAUGCACACGCGUCGCAAGCGUCCCGCUAAGGCUAUUGCCAAAAUGAAGAACACUCUCAUGCUUGCUCCAAGCGCGAAAUCCAAGGCGAGUAAACGCAAGCGGAGCCCCAGUGAAGAAGGAGAGGAUGGGCAAUCGGACAAGUCGUUCAUUGCUAAUCCACCUCCUCGUAAACGUGGACGACCCCGUAAGAACUCGCCGGAGGUCAUCAACCCCGACUUGACGCGCGAUAAGAAACACCUCUUUCCUCCUCAUCAGCGGUUUAUCGGAGCGUUCAACGUCCCUACCGACUUAGAGCAUCUUUUCAACAAGCCUUUUAUGCCUGAGCCUUGUGUUCAAUGCUCCAUGGGCAAGAACCGAAAGGAGGAGAAAUGCCAGUUUCAAGGCUGGGGUUACCCCUGCGUGCCCUGCAAAACUGCGCAUUUCACUUGCUGUGAAUACAGCCUCAAGCCAGUCCGUCGUGCCGAAGUCCGGAGCAUUCUGGGACGUCGCCCUGCUCGCUUGGCUCCUGAACUUAUCGUUUCUCAUAUCCAAGAUGCUGUGUUCGAUCAACAGCACAUCCGCGCGAAUCAAGCAAUCAUCGACUCCCUCAUGUAUCGUCAGGAUACCAACAUGCGCCGCACUGCCCAAGCGCUCUUCGAUCUCGCCGCUAUCGAAGGCAAGGAGAGCUUGGUUGGUACUAUUUUUCAAACGCAGGACGACUUCGACCAUUAUUUCCCUUUCAUCAUGUCCUUCCUUGGCAACCUCAGCGCCCCUGUCGAUGAUUCCGAAGAUGAAGAUGCCACCAAGAACUCUCGCGACAAUCUCGCAGAGAUGGCCGUUCUGUUCGAGAAGAUCUACCCUGGUCAUCCUUCUGCCAAAGACUCUGACGAUGACAAUGAAGACAAUGAAGACGAGGCUCCGGCCAACGAUGGAUCACUAUCCUCCCCCCUACUUUUAAAAUCAACUGUCCUCAGUUGUUCCGCCAAGCGUGAAGAUCAGGGGUGUAGAACAGUGGAACUCGUUAAAAGACGGGAAAAGUCGUCAAGUAUUGUAGCACAAUUCACAACACUUUUACCCAGCUUAAACAUGGCACCUCCUGCACCUCUCGCUUCUACUCUCGUCAUCCGCGACAAUAUCAACGAAGCAUUUAAGACCUAUGCCAGCUUGAAGCCGACGUUCCAGCCUUUUGUUCUGCUCAGCAUGCUUUCUAGCAUCGCUGGACUCUGCGGGACUCUUGUCACCAGUGGCGAUCCCGCCAUUUUCACUGAUCACAACUUGUCGGAGCCUGUCUUCAUUGUUCGCCAAGAGUACAAUACUCUCAACGACUUGGACAAGUCCGUUACCGAUCCUGUAGGCUUCAACGUCUGCUGGGACUUCUGUAAGAAGGUCCAGAUCAUCCGAGAUGCAGGAAACGCACAGAAGCGUGGUGCUGCUGACGUCGCUGCAGCCCUUGCUGACGUUAAACCCAAGCCUCGCCCUCGUAAAGCCGUGAAAUCCAAGGCUGUCAUUGAUGACAAGGACGGCGACGAGAUCGAGAUUAUUGGCAAUGUCGACGUCACAAUGGGUGCGUCUGACGGUCCCAUUACUGCCGCUUCAGGUCCUGACGCCAUGAAAAUCGACAACCUCUUCAACGGGGAAGUCGAAGCGAAGGUCGCUACCAAGGAUAAGGGCAAAAAGCGUGCCGCAACCAAGUUUCCAUUCAAGCGCACAGAGACUGUGCGUAUUCCUUACGCCGCUGUCCCUGGCAUGGACACUAAACAUUGUAUUUACUUCAAGGCCGCCGCUAUCAAGAAUGGUCAGGUUGCAUCGUCUAGCAACAAGCGGGCUCGGAUUGAUCCCUCGUCUUCCACUGACCUUGCCGACCUUCAGCGUCGUCGUGGACACUCUUUGUUGCUUGAUAGUUCCAUCAAGGAUUUUAUCACCCAGCGUACCAGAGUCGUACUCGACAAACCCAUGCUGGGCGAACCCACGCUGGAUUAUUAUUGUACUACCGAGUUAGACUUGCGCAACCGCGUCAUUACUGUCCUUCAGCGCAUGGACUUAGAGCUUAAGCUUUUUGAAGUCAUCAACGCUGAGUACGAGACUGUUGCUGACUUGCUCAAGGAUUAUGAGGAAAUCGAGGCUUUUCUCGCUUAA